UAUACCUUUCUUUAUCUAUCAUCUUUCUUUACUUUAAACUUCAUGUUCUCAACGAGAAAGGAUUAAUCCAUUUGCAGAAUUUAUGAAUUCUGUUGUCUUUCUCCUGCCAUAAAAAGCUGUUACAUUAUAUCUCUCUGGAUACUUAACUUCAUUUAUAAAUUUGUAACCAAAGUUUAGCCGGUGCACAAUGGAAGGACCGAUAAGGGAAGGGAUGCUUCUUGGAAUGUGCAAUCCUCUGUUGGACUUGAGUGCGUUGGUGGAUAAGUCGCUGCUAGAGAAGUACGAGAUGAAACCUAACGAUGCGAUACUUGCGGAGGAGAAGCACAUGCCUCUGUACCAGGAGCUGGUGGACCAGUACAAGGUGGAGUACAUCGCCGGCGGCGCGGCACAGAACUCUCUCAGAGUUGCUCAGUGGGUCCUGGGAAAACCGAAGGUGUGUGUUUUCUUUGGAUGUAUUGGACGUGAUGAUUUUGGAGAGAUUCUGGUGAAGAAGGCAACAGAGGACGGAGUGGACGUCAAAUACCAAUACACUGACAAUCAACCAACCGGUACUUGCGCCGUCCUGAUCACCAACAACGGCACACAGAGAUCACUGUGUGCUAACCUCGCUGCGGCUAACCACUUCACAGUCGACCACAUCAACCAAAACAAGAAAAUUGUACAAAAUGUUGACUUUGUUUACGUGUCAGGCUUUUUCCUGACAGUUAGUAUAGACUCAAUCCUAGAAGUGGCAGAAGUAGCUCUCCAGAAAAACAAAGUUUUCUGCAUGAACCUCAGUGCCCCGUUUCUAUCACAGUUCUUCAAAACCCAAAUGAUGAAAGCGAUGCCUUACGUAGACAUUUUGUUCGGAAACGAGACUGAAGCAGAAGUAUUUGCCAAAGAACAAGACUUUGCAGAACAGAAAGAUCUUCACAAAAUCGCCCUAGAGAUGGCAAAGUUACCCAAGCAGAACACCAAUCGCCCUCGCAUAGUGAUCAUAACACAAGGAGCUGACCCUGUGAUCUUGGCUCAAGAUGGAAAAACAAGAGAGUUUCCCGUGUCGAAGAUCCCCUUGGAGCAAGUAGUAGACACGAAUGGAGCUGGCGAUGCUUUUGUUGGAGGCUUUCUCGCUCAGCUUAUCCAAGGAGCAAGCAUAGACGAGUGUAUAAAAUGCGGUAUCUGGGCUGCAACACAGAUAGUUCAGCGAUCUGGCUGCACAUUUGAUGGCCCUGCCAACUACAAGUCAUCGUAAUACUGCCGACAGCAUUCACCAUGGUUGCACCUUCAGUGUUUAUCUAAGAUUAUUAGUGAAAAUUGUAAUGCUUUGUUGAAUGAAUAUGUUGAACUAAUUUAUUUUUCAUAUAGGACAAUUAUUACAGGAUGUAUCAUACAUACAGCAAAAAAGAAGUAGAAUAUAUUGUGGUAAAUUUCAAAAGCAAUAAAAUUUUAAAUAACAUACAGUAGCCUCCCUCUCAAGGCUCUCGUUUAGUUAAACAUCGCUUAAAUUGGUCAUUAUCAAACUUAAAACAUUAACAGCAGGCCACAUUAACAAAACAUUGUUUAAAGUGAUUGUGAUCCUGGCUGGAAGUUAAGUCAGUUGGUGGUUUCUAUAAACUAAACUCGGAGACUACCUGAGCACAGUUUCCCCCAGUUAUAUUUUCUUUUCUGUUCAGUUAUGGGUUUUUUUUUUCUUGAGUCUCUACAGUGUUAGAAAGCUAAUAGUGUUUACAAAUACAGUGGUCUCUCUCAAUAAUCCAACAGGACGAGAAUUUAACUUGGCUGAAUGGGUGUCUGAUUACAGUACAGUAGACUCCCUCUUAUCCAGACUCCUCGGGACCAAGGCCAGUCUGGAUAUUGGGUUUUCCGGUUGAACCGACGUUCCCAAAAACUCGUUAAAACGGUCUGUUGACUGUGAUAUUUGACUUAAAUUUAGGAGAGCAUUGUAUUUAGACGCGUGAUCACUAGUCUCAAAUCUUUCCCACGAGAACAGUCGUUUCAGUACCGUCCACUUUCAGCCAAUCUAGUCCGGUUACCAAUGUGCUGACAAAAAUUGUCAUGUUAAAGAGACGUCAUUUCCUCCGAGUGUAGUCCGGUUAAAAGGUGUCCGGAUAAGAUGGAGUCUACUAUAAAUGUGAGAUUAUCAAGAUUGGUUUUUCUUAAUUCUUUUGACCAACCUAAAAUAUUACCAUUAUUUUCUAAUGCAGUACGUAUAACUUUAAUGUAUUAUUUUGUGACAGUGUAAAAACACAAUGAAGUCAAUUAAAUGUUCCAAACAUUGUAAUUAUAAAAUCUAGACUACACAAUGAUGGUAUAUACAGAAUAGAGCGGGGAAGGAGACUCAUGUUCCCACAGAAUAGUGUUGUUUCCUAUAAGACUGCUGCCGGUGUUACAAGUCGAAUUACAAAGUGUCGGAUCAUCAGUUAACAGUGCAGUUGUACUCGAUGCAUGCUUUUAUAAGCUCAUGCAGAGCAUAUUUAGCAAUUGGAAAUUUGUAACCUAAUGAGUUGAGAGCACAUUGGUUAAUUUCGGUUUAAUCGUCUGAUCAGAUCUCCAGUCCCAUGAUGGCCGGAACAGAGGGAGGAUACUGCAUUAGGGUCUUUGAGGAAAUGCAAAUAAAGGAAAAUAAACUAAAAUAUAUAUAUUGUAACUUUGAACUAAUUGUGAAAUUAAUUUAAAAUGCUGUAGAAGAGUCAUUGUAUGAAAUUCAAACCAAAUACCUGUGGACUUUCUAAAGAUUUUUUACACUCUCAAUAACCAUAGGACUAGGCUAAACAUUAAAAAAUCAAACACAGAACAACUAAAGGACUGACAAUUUUAACUGAUUGCUUACUGUUUUUAAUCAUAGUGUUCAGAUACCCUACCAGUCUUCUCAAAUUCUUUAUUUUUGCCAAUAAUGAAAUAGAACUCAAUUUAUUAUUUUUUAAUAAAGUAGUACUAUGGUUGUUGUUUUAUUUAGGUAAUAAUGUUUUUGCUAAGCUGAUUAUUUUUAAAAACUUUUCUACUCCCAUCAUUUUAUUUUAAUAUUUUUCUUUUUGCAUAAAGCUCUUUUGAAUAGAUUAAAUAAGCUCUUAGCUCUCUGAAAUGGAAUUACCAGCAAAAUAUGUGUCUGAUAAGAAUUGAGAGAUUGAGACGGUACAAAAAUUAAUAUUUCUGUAAUGAAAAAUUGUUGAAUUUGUUUUUUACUUAAAGUUUCUCUGUACGUUCAUGUGACAUUCAGCAUUUUUAACAGCAGUGCUAUUGUAAUUGGAAGUGCAGCCUAAUCCACUACUCGUCCGACAAUAUAGUGAUAGGAAUCAUUAGUUUUUUGCACUGAUUACUGAUUACAGACAAAAUCGCUUUGCAGAGAACAUGUAUUUCCUCUCGAAAAAGAAAAUAAUAAAUCGAAUCGAAGCAAGAAUAUUUAAAGCCUCAAAUCGAUCAAGACAUUAAAAACUAUUCAACACAACAAAAAUGAUCUUGAACUUGGUUUAAUUACUUAAUAAACUAAUUGUACCAGUAUAUCAGUCAUUAAUUCCAAGAUAAGUAAUAGCCUAGAUGAUUCCUUUUACUAUGUUGCAAGACAUUAUGUGUUUUGGACUUUUACAGUUUUAUUUAGAUUUAUUUAGUUUUAGUUUAAUGUUACAGUACUUUUUGAUGGUUGUGCAACAAACAGUUUUUAUACUGUUUACUUUUGGAUUUGGCAUUUAAUGUAUAUUUGCGCUUGUUAAUUAACCAGUUUGGACAGGAUGACAAACAAAUUGUUUACUCAGGUACAUUAUCAUGAAACUCUGUAAAUUUUUUUUUAGAAAUGUUAUUCUCAUGAGGGGAAGUUGGGCAAGCAUACCAAUAAUUGUAAAUACAGUAAUUGUUAAGACACAUUUUAUAUACAUGGUUAGCUCUUAAAUAGACUUUACAAGUUAAAUACGCUAGGCAGUGCUAAACUCAAAACCCAGUGAUAGUUCUACCUUUGCAGAUUGACAAUAGCUUCGCGAUUAGGUGUUCUUUUCAAAAGCUGUCCGAUGCUAAAGAUUGACUGGACUCUCUAACCUCUAUUGGUUUUCUCUAGACAACUGUUGUUUGUUAAGAAGUCGAAUGAACCUUACAACCUCGCUAAUCCACCUCCUACGGGACCGGAACCAUGGCCGGAACAGUGUACAGGUCGAAUUAUCCGAGAAGUAGAAUAUUCAGGAUUUCGCUGCAAUCACUGAAGACGAGGAAUUUUUUCCCAUGUCCGUGAGAUUUGCCAAGGAUUUUUCCACAAUCGUGGAUCUCUAUGAUAAUAUUCCCAUGCUCCCUUGAGACGUUAAAUAUUUUGUCAUGAUCACGGUAGAUAUUGAUAAUGUUUCUGUUACCCUAGGAGACAUUCAGGAGUUUACCACGAUUACAGAUAACCACGAUAAAGUUUACGUGAUCGCUGAAGACAACGAUGAUCACGAGAUUUGUCUAGGAUUUACCACGAUCACGAAAUACUAUUAUGGGUACGACCAUGGGAAAUGGUCUCAAUAUUACAACAAUAGGUUUAUAGGGGAUAGCAUGGUCGGAUUAAGUGAAGAAUCGGACUAGUCAAGAUCGGAGUAGUAGUGUUCUACUGUUUGUUGAAAAUAUAAUAAUCAAAUAGCCGCAAGUUUAAAAGGUGGCCUGUUUUAUGCACAAACUAGUCUUUAAGUAGUUUGAUUUGUAGUUAUGAUUGAUGUUAUGAUUUGCACAAUAUAAAAAUGUUUACUAAUUUUUAAAAUGUUCCUCUUAAGUUAUAACAUUUUAUUUCAAUUCUAUUUGCCUGGCUUUACUUAAUUAAAAGCGAACUUAAUUAAAUUUCGAGAUUGUGAUUUAAAGCGUUGACUAAUUAAAAAUAAUUAAUGAAAAAUUAAUCUUGGAAUACGAUGGUGAUGUCUCCACGACCAAGGGACACGACCUUGGAAAAUAUUUUAAGCCCCUAGAUUUCACUGUGACGGCCUAUGGUUUGGCAGUCACAAUUUUUCUGUAAUUCCAGAGUAGGUUCACAUUUAGCUCCAUUGCAGGAGAUUUAUUACUUAUUUGAAUGCUAUUUAACAUUUAGAUUCAUUGAUGAGUCAUGACAAAAAACACGGGUUGCCUACUUAUAUAUACGAUUCAAGGUUAAAGCAGAGUAGGAUUGCCGUUCUCAUGGCGGAACCAGCGUGGUUCUGGUCCCGUAGGAGGCGGAUUAGCGAGUUUGUACUGUAACAUGUUCCCACCCCAUUACCCACUGGUUCUACUACUUGUUUUUUUGGGUAUUUAUUUUGCUGAGUACAAAACUUUGCUCUGAUGUGUUUUUUGUUAUGUGUGCAAGCAAUAUUUUUCAUCAUUUUAUGUUGUUUGUUGUUGUUCCGGAUCGGUAUGACAUUCAAUAAAAGGUUAAAUUACCUGUGUCCGCCGGUCGAUCCUAAUGUGCUGUAUCCUAUUACCGUACAGGAGAUGCAUUUCGGCAAAAUAAAUAUAUGCAUUUUGUAUUGUGCAAAAAUGUAUAUGAUUAAACAAUGUGUUACCUCAGUUUGAUAAUGAUUCUCAAAUGGAAUUCAAUUUAUGUGUAUGCUCAAGACCAGUUAGGUAAAUAAAUAAUACAUGUUUCUUUUGUUAACUGUUGAAAUUUAUAUCAUACUAAUAUUAUCUUUUAUAAACUUUCAAUGAAACCUAUAUUUUUGAUAGGUACUCAUAAAAACUGAAAUUAGUUAUAACUGUUGCAAUAUUUUUGUGAUAAGGAUAUAAAUAAGCAUGUUGACAUGAAAUUUAAAACCAAUUGCUUUAUUUUUGGGUAAUGUUACGUUAUUAUUGUAUCGUGGCGACGUACUUAAGUAGUACACAAACACUGAAUAAAAUUGUUAUUUUGA